CGUUCGGUAAUAUCGCGAGGUUUUCUAGACGGCGUGUGUAGCCCCCGGAUGCUAUAUCCAAGGCAACAAAAACGCCUCAACUUUGCUAAUUAUCAUGCAUUUAAGACGAAAGCCAUGUAUGUAGACAAAAUAUAAACUUAGGUACACGUUGUCCGUGUGUGGUUGUGUAGUUAACAACAGGAAAUAGCUCAGAGUUCAGUCUAAAAUGCUUGGCUCUAAAUGUGGAGGCAUGCUAAGUGUUACUUGCUAGCUAAGCAACACACGGCUGACAUCUUCCUGGAUUUUACAGCGCAUAAAAAUGUUUGCGGAACAGAAGGGUGGCUGGAUACUGACCGGGACUACGGUCGCCUUCGUAGCGGCAGUGUAUGUACCCUGCGUGCAGAGGACUGUACCCGGAGGAGACUCAGGAGAGCUGAUCACCACCGCAUGUGAGCUGGGGGUGGCUCAUCCUCCAGGAUAUCCAGUCUUCACGCUCUUGGCCCGUUUGUCUAUGUAUCUGCUGCCCUGGUUGUCUCCAGCUCACAGUGUCAACCUUAUGUGCAGCCUUGUAGGAGCUGCAGCUUGUGGAUGCUUCACUUUGACAGUCUGCAGGUUGACAGGUCCUGGACCCGGUGCGGUCCUGGCUGGAGGCCUGUUCGCUGUGUCCAGGCUCAGCUGGCAGUGGUCGAUGGUGGCAGAAGUCUUCACCCUCAACAACCUUUUCGUCGGCGCUCUCUUCUUCUUGACGGCCAGCUUCCACUGUGCUGAGAACUCCUGGCAGAGGAGGAAGAUUGCGCAUUGGGGCGCAUUUUGCUGCGGCCUGGGACUGUGCAACCAACACACUCUGGUCCUGUAUGUGCUGAUCAUCAUUCCCUGGGUCCUUUACCGACUCUUUUCUCUAAAGGAGCUGUCUGUUUUGGGCCUUGUAACUCUGGGACUUUGUUUCAUCGCUGGUUUUUUCCCGUACAUCUACCUACCCAUCUCGUCCUACCUCAACAGCGCCCGCUGGAGCUGGGGGGACCAAACUACCCUUUUCGGUUUGCUGACCCACCUGCUGAGGGCAGAAUAUGGGACAUUCAGCCUUGCAAAGACAGAGACCUCUGUGAGUCUGAGCUCAAUGCUGCAGGCCCAGCUGGACCACUGCCUGGCGGAUCUCUCUCCUCCUGUUUUGGUUCUGGCAGGAAUAGGCCUUCUCUUCUCCCUGUGGGACAGGACCUGCUGCUCGGUUUCCUGGCUGUUGACUGCAAUGCUGCUUGUCUACUCUCUGUUUUUUGCAUGGAGAGCUAACCUGGACAUUAGCAGACCGUUACUGCUUGGAGUGGUGGAGCGUUUUUGGCUCCAGAGUGAUGCUGCAGUUUGUGUUCUGGCCGGCCUCGGUUUGAGCCACGCUCACAGUAAGAUGGAGAGGUGGCUGGGACACGGGGGGCUGUGGAAGACCAUCGGCUGGGUCUUCACCUUAGCUCUGCUGGGACAAAUGGGACGCACCAACCACAGGGAGUGUGACCAGAGCAGGAACGAUGUGGUGGAGCGGUUCGGCAGGGAGCUGCUGGCCUCCUUCCCAAAAGACUCACUCAUCCUGACCAGAGGAGACCUGCCAGGAAACUCUCUGCGCUACCUGCACUACUGCCAGGACAUCCGGCCUGAUAUCCGCCUGGUCGACCAGGAGAUGAUGACAUAUUCUUGGUAUGUGACCAAGCUGGGGCAGCAUCUUCCUGGGGUUCAUUUUCCUGGCCGAAGGUGGGACCCGGUCCAAUCCGAAGAAAAGGACACCUUCAGUCUCGAGCGGUUCCUGUCCCACAACCCACAGAGGGACGUGUUUGCCUGCAUCGGCCUGACUGAUGGAGAUCCCAGCUGGGAACGUAGCUUCUCCCGUUGGCCUUUGGGUGUGUGUGACUACCUGGUUCCGCUUCAGAGGCAGUUUCACCCAGAACGCUGGGCCGAGCGCACCCGCAGCCUCUAUAACUGGAGUGAGCCACACAACAGUUUUCCUCCUGCGUCCUGGGAGCGCGUUGCUAACGAGGAGAUGUGGCAAGCGAGGAUGAAGACGGCUUUCUUUCUGUUUGACCUGGCAGAGAGGACGCAGGGAGAGGGGAAAGCGCGUCUCUUUGAGCUGUCUUACACUCUGUAUAAAGAAAUUGUUGAGGCCCAAUCUGAAUACCCUCCAAACUGGGACAAGAACCUGGCUCUGGCAUGCGAGAGGCUGCUCCGCUCUGCCCAACAGGGCUACAGUCCAGACCACCUGCUGACCUGCAGCGUUCAACACUUUAGUCUCUACCUGGAGAAAGAGCCCACCGAUCCCCAGGCGGCGGCCAUACGCUCAGCCGUUUCCCACCUGCUCAAGGAGAGAGACAGACUGCGCCAGAGCCGGAAGCAAACUCCAUGAUGGAGUCCUGGAAAACCCUCAUGGAGCCGAGACGCCAAGAGCUUGCUCCAAACUUGACGAAAGUGCACUGCUGUGGGAAUUAUCAUGUAUUUUUACAUUAAAUGUUUAAUUUUGUGACUGUA